AUGGACGACGAUGCGAUAGCCCAGUUCACUGAGAUUACAGGCUCUACCGCAGAGCUUGCAACUCAGUACCUGGAAAUCGCCGAUUAUGACAUCCAGCAAGCUAUGCAGCUCUACUUUGAGAACGGCGGGGCAGAGAUACGACCGUCGGCUCCUUCACACACAACCCCAACAGCUCCACGCCCUAGCGAAUCCGCACACAACACCGUUCAGAUAGAUUCAGAUGACGAUCUCCUUGUUGACGAGGCACGAUCAUCGGCCCCACCUCGCCCUCAGGCUGAUGGAGCGUUUGAAGACGAUGCUGCCAUGGCUCGGCGUCUACAAGAGGAGUUAUAUUCCGGUGGCGAUUCUUCAGAUGGAGUGCGAGCACCGAUUGCAAGGACCACAGAAACGCUUGUAGGGCCAGGCGCAGAAAGCUACGGUGACUUGGAUCCUCUCUUGGACCAGUUUCGAAUGCGGCAGGCUAGAAACACUCGUCCCGGGAUUUUCAACCAACGAGAUACGUCCAUCUGGGAUCACGGCGCCGAACCCUCACAGCGACCCGACCUCGCUCGAGCGACCGGGGGAGCUUCCGAGGCCUCUUCCAAAUCCACAAUGCUAGCUGAGAUGUACCGGCCACCAUUCGAGUUGAUGUCAAAACUACCGUGGGAUGCGGCGCGUGAAGAAGGUCGAGAGACUGAAAAGUGGUUGCUAAUCAACAUCCAAGACCCUUCGAUAUUCGACUGCCAGCUGUUGAAUCGUGAUCUCUGGAAAGAACCAAGCGUGAGGGAUACUGUAAAGGAGAAUUUCAUUUUUCUACAGUACAACAAGGAUGAUGAACGUGGUAUUCCGUAUUUGCAAUACUAUUUUCAAAACAGUGACGUUCCAGACAACUUCCCGCAUAUUGCCAUCGUCGAUCCUCGCACUGGAGAACAAGUCAAAGUUUGGUCUGGUCCACCAGUUAUCAAGGCUGCCGAUUUCCUUAUGCAACUUCACGAAUUUCUAGACCGAUACAGCCUGAAACAUAAUGCCCGGAAUCCGGUUGCAAAACGAAAGGCCGACAUUCCGAAAGAGAAGAAGCUGGAUGCAAUGACCGAGGAAGAGAUGAUGGAGAUGGCUUUGAAAAACAGUCUUGAAGGGUCUGAUUCUCAGGGAAUAGAAGACCCGGAUGAGCUGACCAGAAGCGUUGGAGAUCUCAAGGGCAAAGGCAAAGCUGUCGAUACCGAUGAUAUUUCCAUGGACGACGAGGAGGCUGAAGAGCAAGAAGAUCCUAGCGUCUCUGUUUUCCGCUCUAUUCCUUCAGACCACACUCAUACGGAGCCCGAUGCGGACCCUGCCACUACUACUCGCAUCCAAUUCAGACAUCCUUCAGGAAGGGUAAUCCGCCGCUUCGCGCUCACCGAUCCGGUGCGGCGUAUCUAUGAAUGGCUAAAGUCCGAACCGCCGCUGGAGGACAAGGCCGGCCUUAUCUUUGAACUCAAUGCCAUGGGCAAGAAUCUUCUUCAAGAGCUCGACACUUCCAUACAAGAUGCCGGUCUCAAGAACGGCACAAUCAUGAUAGGUUACGUGGAGGACUGA